ACAUCUGAAAAGAAAGAUCAGAAAAGUAAUUCCUAAUCAGACAAACAGAGGAAUUAUAUAUUAGUAUUAGCAAGAUAUCCUUUUCAAGUUAACCCAGGUGCCACAUAAAGGUUAUGUUAUAAUCAUAUUUAUACAUGAAUUCAGAACACCGAAAGCCGUAAACUUGAUGCUUACAUGUGACAUAUGGCCAAUCUAUAAAGAUAACCCUACUGAACUAGAUUUUAAAAUGACACAGUAGUCCCCACUUGUGCCAAAAAGAAUCAUAAACUAAUGGGCAAACUGCACGACCAUAAACAGGAAUCAAACUUUUGACUAACUGCAUUACUAGCUAAUCCCAACUUUAAAUGAAUAUAGAAGUCUUUAGUUGAUGUAUGUAGAGCCAUACCCAUUUAAAAGAUUGGUUGCCUUUAUGAUUCUUUUGACUAUAUCAUAGAGAAAGACAACAUUUUGCAUUAUUUAGCGGAAGCCUGUUCUGGGUAUAGGCUGAAUGAACAAACAAGAAAGCUUCUCUUGGAAGAUGCAAUACUACCUUUUCUUGAUUAUGAUUAAACAAGGCAACCAAGAAAGCAUAAAGAUCCCCCUCACGGAUGGUUAUAUCAUAAACAAUUGUAAAAUCUAACAACAACCCGAGAUUACCAACUAUGAUUUCCCUAAAUGAUGCUUAUCAUAUUCUGGCAGCUACAAUUCCGUUGUAUGUUGCCAUGAUCUUGGCUUACAUUUCUGUAAAAUGGUUGAAGCUCUUCAAUCCAGACCAAUGCUCGGGCAUAAACAAAUUCGUGGCUAAAUUUUCAAUUCCUUUGUUAUCCUUCCAAGUAAUUUCUAAAAGCAAUCCCUACAAAAUGAACCUCAAGCUAAUUUAUGCGGAUGUUCUUCAGAAAGUCAUUGUGUUAGUGGGGGCAGCUAUAAUCACUAAAGUUCGAUCCAAUGGACACCUAAACUGGAUCAUAACAGGUUUUUCUCUGUCAACAUUACCCAACACUUUGAUCCUGGGGAUCCCACUAUUAAAGUCGAUGUAUGGAGAUGAAGCAGAUGUGCUUCUUGCGCAGAUAAUUGCACUACAGAGCCUAAUUUGGUACAACUUAUUAUUGUUUCUGUUUGAGCUCUCAAAUGCAAGAGAUGCUCACAUGAUACAAUUGUCAGCAGCCACAGGGGAUUCAGAAGCCCGGCAAGAAGCACAAGGAAUAGACAAAAGGGAGGAAACAAAUUCCAGAACUCUCAGAAGAACAAAAAUAAUGCUGCUUCUGUUAACUGUUGGGAAGAAGCUUCUAAUGAAUCCAAAUUCAUAUGCAACCAUAGCAGGCCUUGCAUGGGCAAGCAUUAGCUUCAGGUGCAACAUAAAAUUGCCAAAGGUUGUUGAAAAUUCAAUAUCUAUAUUAUCCGAUGGAGGACUUGGAAUGGCAAUGUUCAGCCUAGGUCUGUUCAUGGCAUCACAGGCAAACAUAGUAGCAUGUGGUAAACGAUUGGCGUUAUUGGCCAUGGUCUUAAAGUUCAUUGUUGGGCCUGUAAUGGUGGUGCCCUCCAUUGUUUUUGGAUUAAAGGGUGUACCAUUCAAAAUUGCAGUUAUACAGGUAUUACCAUGCUUUUAUUAUUAUUGUUAUUAUACCAACAAUAUAAAUAUUAACAGACUAAUAAAUUACUAUUUGGUCCAGGCAGCUCUUCCACAAGGAAUUGUCCCUUUCGUAUUUGCCAACGAGUAUAAUGUUCACCCAGAUAUAUUGAGCACCGGGAUAACAGUUGGCUUACUAGUCGCAUUGCCCAUUGCACUGGUCUACUACUUAUUGCUGGGAUUGUAGGCAAUGCACAGAAGACAAUAAGUGAAAGAAAGUUGUGCAUUUUGCUUGUGAAAUUCUUUUAACACCCUAACAGAAAGUGUUUGGCAUGUGUGAAUGAUAGCCAAAUAGAACCAGAUGGGAGACUUCGAUACAAGCUAGGGUAUCGUACAUAGAUGAUCAAAUAUGAGACUGGAUUAGUUCAAGCAAAUGAUCGAACAACUAGGUGGCAUACCAAGAUCUUCAAGCCUGUGCAAUAAGAACAUAUCAGCAUGGCAUCCUCAUUAUUCUAGGAACCUUCAUUUGUAUGUAAACUCCUUUUUUAGUAGACACAGGUAAGUUGUAAAUAACAAAUCUGUUAAGUUCAAUCUUUUGUGCUAAUGAUCCAUAGAUUUGCAAUAUGAUAUUGAAAUUUCAUGCCAUCUCCAUACACCAAUCUACAAGUCAGUUGUUGGAUUAACUUGGUAUAUGAACCUAUUCUGAAUAUGCUAGCAAUCAUGUUGAGUGGUUUAUAUUUGAUCUGUGGAAAACAACGACAAAAGCAACUUGUUCUGAAGGAAUGAAGAUGAAUACUAGAUUAAAUUUAUCUGGAAUCCAUACCAUUUCUUAGAUGAAUGCACUUGUAAACAGAAACAAGAUAAGAGAACCCUGUUCCUCAAAAAAAGCCCAUGUUUGGCUGUUGAGUGUCAAACUUUUCUUAGCACUUAGCAGACAAGAUCGAACAAAGAAAGAAACACACUACCAUCUAGUGACGGAUCAACACCAAAAACCAUUUGGUGUAAGAGAUUCCAUAUGUAAAAUUAGAUACAUAUUCACGUUAAAAUUAAGUGGAAAAUUAGGCAUUAUGCCUUCAACCAUAAUUCCAACAAAAUAGAUACAAAAGUAGCUUUACGAAUCGUAUCUUCUUCUCGAUGUUCAAGAACAAUCAGAAAACGUCUUGCACAAUAUAUAUUCAAUUCAAUGGCCAAAAUUGCGGUCUUAAAAUAGAAAAUUGACGGUUCAAUUGAUUAUU